UGUUUGUGAGUGUCCUCCCUCAGUUUCUCCAUGGCUGAAUUGUGGCAGCAGCUCGGUUCCCCGCAGCAGCUUCGAGCUCUGGCUCCCCUCUUCUUCAUUUGUCUUCUCUGCCCUCCCUCAGGUGCUCUUCCCUGGGAUAACGAAGCCAGUGCAUCCCCUCUGGAGGGGUUUGAGGUGGUGAAGGGGAAUUUCUCUCGGACUUUCCUGCGCGUUGGCUACCACAAGAUUGCAGAGAUUCCAGCAGGAGCGCAAAACAUCAGCAUACAGGAGACAGUGAAGAGCAGAAACUACCUGGCUCUGCAGACCCAAACUGGAGUGUCUAUCAUCAACGGAAAGUGGGUGAUUGACAGGCCUGGGAUCUUCACCGCCGUGGGAACACAGCUGACGUACCGACGACCCAAUGAAAUCCGCUCUCGCCUCGGAGAGUCCAUCACUGCGCCUGGGCCGCUCACUGAGGACCUGCACGUCUACUUGAUCUACCAGCAACCAGGUCCUGGUGUACACUAUGAAUACAGUGUUCCUUUACAAACCACAGAACCCACUCCUGAACCACAUGUACCUUCUGGUAUACUUCCCCUGGUAGAGACAGUAGAUCCAUCCCUCUCAGGCGAGAAAACACACCCAGGUGACAUGAGCAACAAUGACAUCACCCAGGAGACACCUUAUCACAACCAGGUUCCCACUGAACCCAGCGUGAAUGUUGACCUUCAGCCUACUUAUACCUGGACGAGGAGUGGCCACACAGAGUGCAGCACAACCUGUGGCACUGGCAGGCGUCAAGUGCUCUUGGAGUGUGUUGAGAAGCAUUCACAGACGACUGUUCCUGCUGACCUCUGUGACCCUGCACUUCAACCAGUAAACCAGUCAGAAGCCUGCAACACGCAGCCCUGCGCUGCUUACUGGGACGUGGGGGAGUGGUCGGAUUGCACCAAGAGGUGUGGGCCCGGCACUCAGCACCGACAGGUCAUCUGCCGUCAGGUCACUCACGUCCAUGCCAACGGGACAGAGUCCCAGGUGACCGUUGCACCAGAGCUGUGCGGGGUGCCUGAUAGGCCAGUGACCAAGUCUACCUGUCAGCUGAAAAUAUGCAGCCAAUGGGACGUUCGAUCUGAGUGGAGCUUGUGUUCCGUGCCGUGUGGGGUGGGCCAGCGCAGCAGGGAGGUGGUGUGUCUGAGUAACCAGGGUGACGAGGAGGAGGAUUACGAGUGCAACAUGAACCUGAAGCCAGACACACUGCAAAACUGUGACAUGGGAGCGUGUGCACGGAGCUGGUUCACCUCCCUCUGGAGCCAACGGUGCUCUAGAGAGUGUGGUCGAGGCAAUCGAACCCGGACAGCUAUAUGCCUGAUGGACCAUGUGACUGACCUUCCAUUGGACAGCUGUGAAGGGGAUCGUCCAGCGGAGGUGACCUCUUGUGACUCGGGCCCAUGUCAGAACCGGCUGGAGUGGUACACCGGGCCGUGGGGUCAGUGUUCUGCCGAGUGUGGGAACGGCACGCAGACCCGGAGCGUGGCUUGUAUUUACAACAACAACGGUCACAUGGAGGUCGCGGACCAGCCGAAAUGUUCGGAUCUGCCUCAGCCAAUCACAGCUCAGACCUGCAACCUGAAGCCGUGUGGUGCCCAGUGGUAUUUCACAGAGUGGAGCGCGUGUUCUCGGUCCUGUAACGGGGGUUACCGCGUACGGGAGGCCAACUGUCUCGCUGACAGUGUGGCCCCGAGCGACCGCUGUGACCCCAGUUUGACCCCGGAGAGUCGUGAAGAAUGCAAUAAACAACCGUGUCUAGCCGAGAUAAGUCCAUCGUGCAGUGACCAGUAUCAUAACUGCAUGGUGGUGGUUCAAGCCCGACUCUGCAUUUACAAUUACUACAGAGGGGUCUGCUGCGCCUCCUGCUCCCGUGUACAGAAGACGUACCCCAACUCGUUUCAAAAGAACCACAUCCGAAGGUGAUGCCCCCUCGAGAGGAUUCAAUUCACCUCAGGUCACAGCUCCGUGGGGAAAAUGAGUGAGGUGUGUGAAAUCGACUCCUAGUUCUGUUCGGAGAGAGAUCAGUUUAAUAUUCAGCCGCUCGGUCUGCGACAGUCACACAGUCGUACACUAUGUUUAGGUCCAGAGUGUUUUCCUUCUCAGUGUAACUUUACAUUGGACUGCUCACG